GCUGCGCGGACCGAGGGGGAGGCGGCGGGGACGCUAGGCGGCUGUCCGCCGGGCUGAGUCAGGAAACGGCGACCGGACUUGCCCGGGCCCGGGAGAGCAGGAGCCCGCGGGGCCGGGCGGGGCUGCGGGGCCGGGGAGCGCAGAGCCUGGCACCUCGGAGCCGGGCAGCGACACGGGAGCCCGGCCGCCCAGCCCGCGUCGCCGCCCCAGCCCGCCACCGUCGGCCGGCCCCUCUGGGAUGUCCGAGGGACCCAGGCGUCCGGGACGGUGAUCGAGCGAGCCCGAGGAUGGGACGGCGUCCGCAGCUGCGGCUCGUCAAGGCCCUGCUCCUGCUGGGGCUGAACCCAAUCUCCGCCUCCUUCCAGGACCAGCACUGCGAAAGCCUGUCCCUGGUCAGCAACGUCUCUGGACUGCAGUGCAAUGCUUCCGUGGACCUCAUUGGUACCUGCUGGCCCCGGAGCCCGGCGGGGCAGCUGGUGGUUCGACCCUGCCCCGCCUAUUUCUACGGUGUCCGCUACAACACCACAAACAACGGCUACAGGGAGUGCCUGGCCAAUGGCAGCUGGGCCGCCCGCGUGAACUACUCCGAGUGCCAGGAGAUCCUCAGUGGGGAGAAGAAGAGCAAGGUACACUACCAUGUUGCUGUCAUCAUCAACUACCUGGGCCACUGCAUCUCGCUGGUGGCCCUCCUGGUGGCCUUUGUCCUCUUUCUGCGGCUUAGGAGCAUCCGAUGCCUGAGGAACAUCAUCCACUGGAACUUGAUCUCCGCCUUCAUCCUGCGCAACGCCACGUGGUUUGUGGUCCAGCUCACCAUGAGCCCCGAGGUCCACCAGAGCAACGUGGGCUGGUGCAGGUUGGUGACUGCUGCCUACAAUUACUUCCACGUGACCAACUUCUUCUGGAUGUUCGGGGAGGGCUGCUACCUGCACACGGCCAUCGUGCUCACCUACUCCACCGACCGGCUGCGCAAGUGGAUGUUCAUCUGCAUUGGCUGGGGUGUGCCUUUCCCCAUCAUCGUGGCCUGGGCCAUCGGAAAGCUGUACUAUGACAAUGAGAAGUGCUGGUUUGGCAAAAGGCCAGGGGUGUACACUGACUACAUCUACCAGGGCCCCAUGAUCUUGGUCCUGCUGAUCAAUUUUAUCUUCCUUUUCAACAUCGUCCGCAUUCUCAUGACCAAACUCCGGGCGUCCACCACGUCUGAGACCAUUCAGUACAGGGCUUCUUUGUGUCUGUAUUCUACUGUUUCCUCAACAGUGAGGUCCGCUCCGCCAUCCGGAAGAGGUGGCGCCGGUGGCAGGACAAGCACUCGAUCCGCGCCCGCGUGGCCCGCGCCAUGUCCAUCCCCACCUCCCCGACCCGGGUCAGCUUCCACAGCAUCAAGCAGUCCACAGCGGUCUGAGCUGGAGGGCCAGCGGCUGGAAGAUGCUCUCCAGGCUCCGCCAGCUGCCCUGCCUGUGGAGGGGACCGGCCCCUUCUCACACUCUGUAUCCCCAGAAGCCUCUGGCACCGACAGCCUGGGGGACACGCCCCCUCCCCGACCCCGGCAGAGCAGGAGUUCCAGGUCUGUGAGAGCAGCCACAGUCUGGGCCCCGGGAUGAAUGGGAAAUCAUCUGUAGGAUUGGUCUGGGUCCAGGGCCUCUGGCUCCCCCGUGCCCCAGUCCUCCCUGGAGAUGGAAGGAAAAUGGCCAGCUGGGAACACAGAGCAGUGCAUGGGUCCCUCCAGGAGGUGCCUUCUCCCAGAGCACAAGAGACCUGGGGCCUGUCCUCAGCAGCUGGGGGGCAACAAUCGCUGUCCUAGAGGAAUUAGGGGAAACUUUUGUGACAGCCUCCCAGCCACUAUGAUGAUGCCUCCGGGUGUUGGCAAUGCUUUCCAGUACCAACUGGAACCAAAGCCAGGUUGCCAGAAGCCCCAGGCAAUGUCAUUAGAAAUCAGGUGACAUCAUCAGACCACAGGCCACACAGCAGGAAAUCCUCCCGAGCACCCGGACUUCAUCUGUGGCACUGUCGUCGGAAACGCCCUGUCUCGCUGCCUUACACCUUGGACCUUGACUGCCCUGCAGGCCAGCAGGCUGCCCCCGCUUUACCCCCACAGUAUUCACACGCUGCUUUCUGUCUCCUCCUGUCCCUGGUGUCUCCCCCUGUGUGGGAAGAUGGGAGUGGGAGGGAGAGGGAGUGUCCUGUGAGCAAGAAAUAGGGGGUGCCCCAGACAAAGCCAGUGUCCCUUUCAGGGGGCAGAGAAUAAUCGGGGCCCUCCUGCCUGCUGGCCUCAGGGGUCUGGCCUCCGGGGGAGCCUCUGUGCUGGUCGCAGGGAAUUUGGGGCCCCCUGGGUGUAGCAUGAUUAGCUAAGCGGAGAUAGGAGAAGGGGCAGGGCACUUGGCUCCUCUCUGCCUGAGGGUCCUAGAGCUGGACAGCUGGCUCUUGGGACAACCAGCUAGCCCCCACUGGACCCUCCCAUGGCCAGAGGUACUGGGUCACUGGAGCCAGGCUUUCAGAGAUAACAGCAUCAGCUCUGAGGGGUGGCUGUUGUAGAUAAUAAUAUUUAUCUUUCCAACCAGCAUUUGUGAAUGUCUGGUCUGCACAGGGCUGGGUGGGGAGGGCACAGCAGAGAAAGGGAAGCCAGUUUUCAGUCUUUGGGACCAGGAUGUGGCUGGGAAACCUGACACUACUCCCACCCCUCAGGAUGGGGGGCAAGGUGAGACACUGGGGGCAUGGGUCUGCAGACUCAGCUUCCAAGGACAGCUCUUAGAAGGGGAAAGUCGUGGGGAGGGAGCCACAGGUGAACAGUGCCAGCCAAGGACACUGUGGAAUGGGCAGGGGCCACGGGGACAGCUUGAACCCAGGUGUGGCCAUGGGACCAGACAGGAAUGUGUCCCAGCCCCAAGGGAGGGGCGGAGCUGGAAGCCAGAAGUACAGCUGAGGAGGCCUUGACACUGUCUCGGCUUGAGACUCCCAGAAAAAGACUCAGAAACAAGGUUUCCAGAACCAAUUCGGGGAAAGGGAGCCCAGGAAGCGAGUGGGGGCAUGAGGCCAGGAAAGGGGGCAGCGGAAGUCGGGGAUGCCCACCUCCACAGCGCCCCCUAGAGGCAGCCGGAGCGUAGUCCUGCAGUAGAAGCUUGAAGAGCCAGAAUAGGGCACACCCCGCCCUUAAGCCCACCCCAGGGACCACAAGGGAGGAAGGCUGCUGUGGGGGGAGGGGUUAAUCCCCUUGCACUUCCCCCAGCCACAUGAGCCAUGAGACCAGGAGAGAAGGCCUGGGCACAGCAGCGUCUGGUGGAAGGCAGCCCGUACCAGCUCCCGGGGCAGCAGAGGGGGUGGGACACAGAAACUCCAUCCUGGCACCCAGGGAUAGGGCAGCCUGGCUCUCGCUCCUGGGUCUCCAGACGGGGGAUGCGGGAGGGGACCAGAGGCACCAGGACAGAGAUAGGCUGACAGCCUCCUGAACAAGGGGGGCGGGGGGGUAGGAGAGAGAAUAGCCCCAGAGAAAGAUUUGUGGAACAAGAGGGACAAGAAGUACCCACGAUCGAGGUGUCUUUUGCAACUCUGCCUUUCACUCAGUGAAGAAGUGAGAAAGCAAGGCUUCCCCUGCACAAGUUGGGCUGUAGGGACGGGGCUCUCCAAGGAUGGAGGAGCAUUGGAAGGAGGUUGCCUGGACAAGAGGUCCCGGGGACCCGAGCUGGGGCACCGCCCCCUUUCCUGCUGGUGCCUCCAGGUUGCUUUAGCUGCUGGGCCCCCUCCAUGCACCUGCUGUGCACUCAGCCCUGCCUGGCCCAGCACAAGGGGCAGAGAUGAGCGGCACCCCCAAGACGAGGGCCAGCAGACAAGGGCAAAGCCACCAGCUCCAGAAGGCCACAUCAGAGGACACCUCCAAGACGAGGCUGACAGUCAUCAGAGAAGCUGUUCGGGGGGGCCCUGGCCAGGGGCUUCAGGACACCCCCCAUUCGGAGACUAAAGGGAGGAGGGGCUGCUUCAGGAACAUCCGGGCCCCAAAGAACUGUAUCUCCUCUGCCACGGGCAGGUGCCCAGAGUUUAACCCUUCCACGGCCCCUGGCUUGGAGACCAGGGUGAAGACAGGCCCCCAGAUGGGGUUUCUGAGGGUCACUGUGCCCUGAGGUUCAGCUGGUGGGCUGGGUGGGAAGAAGUCCCUUGGGGGUGAGUUGGGGUGUGAUGAACGGACAGACACACGAGAGCUCUUCUCCACACCGCACCCAGAGGCUGCACCCGAGCCCAUUACUCCCUGGGACCCUCCUUCAUGGGCACGGACCCCUGGUGGAGGAAAAACCGCCCUGUGGGGUUUUGGUUUUCCAGUUCAGGCCCCUUCACCUUUGAGUGGGACAACAUGGUCCCUACACUGGGGUCCUCUGUUUCCCCUCCAGGCCUCCUCAGUCCUCCUGUCCCUACUGAGUCAGAUGCCCUGGGAUAGGACUGGGGAGGGAGUCAGAUGUGGGAAAAACAUGCUAGGGAGGAAGGGAGGUUUUAGAAUCCAGAUGUUAAUACUUAAUUGUGGGCAUUGGUAAACUGCUUUGCAAUCAGCAAAAUCCUUUAUAACAUGUGUUAUCUAGUCUUCAAGUGACUCGGAGCAGGGAACACCCCAUUUUACAGCCAAAGAAACUGAGGCCUGGUGAUCCCUCUGAGAUCAAAGGUCCAGGGCUCUUUCCGGCCCUCAGUGGGCUGCAGUCCCCAGGUUUGGGUUUCAGGAGGCUGGGACAGAUAACGCAGCUCUUUGGGGAGGGGGCAGCAGGAAGCCUCAGGGCUUCAGAUCAUCUGGUUGGGGACGAGUCCCAGGUGAAGAUGGGACCAGCCCAAAGAUGGCACGGCCAGCGUCCAGUUGCUGAGCUCAGCUGGGUGGGAACAGUGAGGGUUCUGUAGGUCCAUCCUGAUUCCCGGCACGCACGCCCUACCUUCCCAACACCCUCCACCCUUCCACUCCUUAAAUGGAUACUUAAUGGCAAACAGGCCACCAGAAGCUUCUGUGGGUCCCCCUGCACCCACCCAGGCUCUGCUCAGUCCAGGCAAGGGGGUCACCAGCCUCCAGCUCAAGGGUCUCUCAGGAUCAUCUCAUGGACCGCCCCGACUUCAAACUCAACUGCCCGCCUGAAGACGAACGGGAGCUGGUCUCUGUGUUUCAACACCAGCAACACCCUCCAGGGCCGAGUGCUUACUAAGCACCAGGCACAGCCAAGCCCCUCGCCUGCUCUUCAUACUACCCUGUGAGUCAGGGGCCGUUAUCCCCACUAAACAGGUGGGGAAAGGGAGGCACAGAGAGGGUAUAAGGCCUGCCCCAGGGCACCCAGCGGUGGCAUGGCUGGGUGUGAGCCCAGGCUGGCCUCAUCCAGCCUCUACGUGUUCAACCCUAUGCAGCAGGAGUUCUUUGCCCCUCCAUGCCCCGUUGCUCCCUCCAAUACCCUCCCUAGAGAAACUCCUCAGUUUCCCUAGCUUGUAGGCAAACAGCAUGCAGACAGAAAGCUAGAUGUAGAACUUGGCCCCUACAAAGUGGGGGUGUCAGGGAGCCCACUCCUGAGCCUGGCCCCGCCUCCAGGUGUCCCAGCUCUGUCACUGUUUCAUGCCAGAGCAUUGCCUCCUGUCCCUCCCUUGUACAGCCUGCCAGCCUCUGCAGAACCAGCUGGUCAGGCUCGGGGUCAAGACAGGCCCGCACCAUGUAUAUUUUUCAAAGUUCUACGUGUGUUGGAAACAUCAAUGAGAUCAUCAUCUGGGGAUAACUUCAGAGACCACCUUCAGCCCCCAGACUGCCACCCACUCCAUCUGCCCCUCUGAGGGGUCCUGGACAGAUGCCUGCUGCCUGGCCUCAUUGCCCACUGGGCCAAGGCAGGUGGGGGCAGAAGUAGGGGUGAGGGCCAUGUACUCAGUGUACCGUGAGGAGACUGGGAGAGUGAGGUGGGCACCCAGCUAGGGUGGGGGAAGACGAGGAGGCAGACCCACAGGGGCUCCUGCCUCUCACCUCCAUUGCUGGGGCAGUUGGGGAGGGAGCAGAGGGUGACCCAGUCCCUUCUCGGUGUCUGUACCAUCUCUAGAACGUGCAUCUAGGACAGCCCCGGGCCAGGAAGUGAGGCCAGUGAGGGGGCCAGUAAGCUGGGCCACCUCCCCACCCUUCUUGAGCAGCCACACUGGGCUAAGGCCUGCUGUGUGAAGUCAGCUGUCCUUGCUGCCCUGAGUGGACAAAGACAAAUGCUCCAGGUGCUCCUCUAGGUCCCCACACAGAAGGUGGAGACAUCGCCCCUGGCCUGCCUGGGACAGUGAAGCUGAGAGCCCAGGCCAUGGCUAGAGGAGCAGCAGGGAAAGGAGCAGAAGCUGCAGAUACAGGGGGAGGCCCUCCAGGAAAGGGAUGGAAUCUGGAGAUGGGGGUGGGCCGGGCUGCAGAGUCUUGGAUCAAAAAACCAUCCUCAGCCACUUGCCACUUGUGAGAUGGCGCCUUCCUGGGCAUUGUGCAGAGCGCCCCCUACAGCCAGCCAGAGAGAAGAGCAGCUCCAGGGUCAUGGGAGUGAGUGGCGACGAAAUGGGGAUGAGGGUGGGAGGAUCUGGGGAAGCAGCCUUUGGAAAGACACCCAAAAGCUUUCAGUGAACCAGGUCCCAGGAAGAGCCUCAGAGGGAAGAAGCCUAAAGAGAAUUCUUUGAGCCAGGACUCCAGGAGCCCAGGGGUAGAUGAGGGAGGAAGGGCAGCAGCAGGCUCUUUUGGGGAAGCCUGUUUUUCAGAACCCCAAAUAGGGGCAUAGAGUGGUCUAGUUCCAGAACUUUUUCAUCACCCUAAUGGAAACCCCAUUCGCAUUAAGCUGUCACUCCCCAUUCCACCAUCCUAGCCUCUGACCACCACGAACCUGCUUUCUGUCUCUGUAGCUUUCCCUAUGCUGGGUAUUUCAUA